AUGAUCUGCGACUUGAACGUUGUAUAUCCGCAAACGGACUUUUUGGUGAGGCCUACAGCAAGAGAUCUGGCCAAACUAAAGGGAUGUCUAGCAGUCCUAGAACAGCUUGGUUAUACGCAUAUAGCACUCAACUUUGAGCCUCAAUGGGCUACAGGAAGUCUCAAUAAACAGAUUCCAAGCGAUAUCAGACUUUUGAAUCCCAUAAAUAUUGAGACUGACUUUGCGGAAUUUGAAGGAAGACUCAAAUUAUACAGUCGAAUCACUCUGAAAGUGGACGAUCCAUCUCAAUGUCAGAACCUCACACGAUUCCAACAGGUAUUUGACCUCGUUGCCGUAGAGCCACAGACUGAAAGAGCUCUACAACUUGCCAUAACAAACUUAGAGAUUGAUAUUAUUACAUUCAACUAUAAAGAGAGGCUUCCCUGCUACUUAAAACACAAGACUUUAGGCUCUGCCAUAGAGAAGGGUAUUCAUUUCGAGAUCAAGUACAGCGAUUUGCUUGAAUCUGAUAGUCACGCUAGAGCACAGUCCAUUUCCAAUGUCAAGCAACUCAUAAGGGCAUCUCGAUCACGUGGAUUGAUUUGUUCCAGUGGAAUUUCAUCCCCAGAUAUAUCUAGGUUGAGAAGCUGUUCCGAUAUAGCCAAUCUUUUGAACUUAAUAGGUCUUGACCACAAUAGAUCUGAGCAAUGUUUUAAAGAUUGGAGCUUGAAGACUCUCCUUUCUGGCCGCUUACGUAUCAAGUCGUACAAACAAGUUGUGGCCGUAAGUGGUGACGAGAGCCUUAUAGAUAACAGCUUGGAGAAUAAAAAUUGGCAGGCAAGUCAGAAAGGCGUGUCAGUUAAUGCCAAGAUGGAUGUCAGCAGUUACAAAAAACGUAAGGCAGAUACUGCUGUCGAUAGAGUAACCAAGAAGAGCAAACCUGAAACUACAGUAUAA